GCAAACCUGAUAAAUGAUAGUUGAAAUAAUAAGAACACAAAGAUAUUGCUACAAACGAAACAAAUUUCAAUACCUAUCAUGCCUUGAACUGCAAAUUCGGGAAAAUGUAUUUAAAGAAGAAAUGAAGACGACAUAAAUUACACAGUGCACAUUUUACACAGAGGAAUACAACAGUCAGGUUAUGUCAUUUAUAAGAAAUACUUGGCAUUACAUUUGUAAUUGGUGGUACAGUACAGACACAAAAUAUGAUGUUUACAUUGACCAAUAUCCAAAUGAAAAGGUUCACAUUGGACACGGAGGAAGUAUAAAACUAUUAGCUUCUGUAAGAACGUCGUCUCCUGAAUCAUUCAUAAAAUGGCAAAAGAUGGAAUACAAUAAACCAACAAACAUUCUUACACACUCAAUGAAAUACUACGGAAGUUCUUGUUCCCUGCCAGCACCUGAGCUUAUUAUAAAUGAUGUAGAUAACACAGAUGCGGGUGUUUACCAGUUAUCUGUCACUACAAUCAGUGGAACGGUUACUGGUCGGAAUAUCCAAUUGGAAGUAUUCGGUGAGCCAGUUUAUUCAUUGCCUAAAGAGAAAAACAACUUUCUUCGAUACUUCCUACUUUGUCAGACAAUAGCAACCGAAUCAGUUCGCUUGUAUUUCAUAAAGACUGUCCCGGAGCCAACUCUAGCAACACAUUUGAAUAGUCAUAUGAAAAAUUUAAGAUUUAGUUACUGGAAAUGUUCUAGUGACCAAUUAGCUGUGCUGUUUCCAGGCGCAUCACUUAAUGUUAAGUCAACCGACUUUGAUUUCUCCUUGCUAUAUAAACUCACAAGGAACACGUUGACCUCUCUGUCAGCACCAACAAGCGGCUGGGGUUCACAGCCAUUACCAGGGGACAUUGCAAAAGAAGAUGAUAUAGAACGAAUCCGACACAACAGAAACUUAUUAGCUCACAAUACAGAAUUCAGAUUAAACGAUUCGGACUUCAAUAACAUGUGGACUGAUCUAUCUCAGGCUAUCAUACGCUUAAGCUGUGGCACACUGUCAGCAGACGUGAGCAAUCUUUUGAAUAGGAAACUAGAUCAGAAGUUACAAAAAGAAAUAUUUGAAAAUCUUCAGAGAGAAAUUGAAAACAAUAAGGGUGAAAUAAACAUAUUACAUCAGGAUUUGUUUGAAUGCAGAGAAGCCAUUGUUCAACACCAGGAAAGAAUCCAGAUGACAGAAGAUGAUCAAAUACCUUCUAAUAUCAGACAAACACAUUUUAAAGUUCUCAAGCAAUGGAAAGAAGAUGAUGAGGUUUAUUAUGAUGGAACAAAUGUUUACAAAGCUGCAAAAGAUACGAUACAGUCUUGUUCUGUUAUUGUUCUUGUCGGUGGACCAGGGUGUGGUAAGACUGCGAUGGCAAGACAUCUAGCUUUAAAACAUUAUCAAUACGGUUGGGAAGUAGUUCCAGUGUGUAGAGUUGAAGAAAUUUCACAGUAUGCAGAUGUAAAGUUAAAACAAAUAUUUGUGUUGGACAAUAUGUUUGGUAAAUUUGCUGUAGACAUAUUUAUGUAUAGCACUAUAAAUAACCACAAAGACAGUAUAAUGAAUGCGAUGAAUAAAGAUUCUAAAAUGUUUUUUACUUGUAGGAAGUCUGUCUAUAAAGACGCCGUUAAGCUUAAAUCGUUUGUACUGGAGAAUGUAAUAGAUUUAGAAAGUAAGGAAAACACAUUGAAUGAUGAUGAAAAAGAAAAUAUUCUUACAAAACAUUGUAAGUAUAGAGGUGUUCCUGAAAACAUCUUUAGAAAUUUAUUAUUUUCAGCAUCACACAUAAUGUUCCCUCUACUUUGCAAAGUAUUUACGACAAAUCACGAAAUUCAUGGCUCUAUGGAACGCUUUCUUGCAAACCCGUACAGAUGCCUCAUUUUGGAGUUGGAUAAGUUGGAGUGUAUUUCCUAA